AUGGCUUUACAUCAGUUCGAUUAUAUUUUUGCCAUAGCCAUGCUAUUUGCAUUCUUGGAUGCUUUUAACAUUGGGGCAAAUGACGUUGCAAACUCGUUUGCCUCGUCGAUCUCUUCCAGGUCUCUGAAAUACUGGCAAGCUAUGAUUUUGGCGGGUAUUUGUGAGUUCUUAGGUGCGGUUUUGGCAGGCGCCAGAGUUUCCGGUACUAUUAAAAACAACAUUAUAGAUUCUUCCAUCUUUACUAAUGACCCUGCUGUUUUGAUGCUCACUAUGACCAGCGCUUUGAUUGGUUCAUCAUGCUGGUUAACGUUUGCUACGGUGAUCGGAAUGCCAGUUUCUACCACUCAUUCUAUUGUUGGUGGCACUAUUGGAGCCGGUAUUGCAGCCGGUGGCGCCAGAGGUGUUGUUUGGGGCUGGAGUGGUGUUUCGCAGAUUAUUGCCUCUUGGUUUAUUGCUCCAAUUUUAGCAGGCAUCAUCGCGGCCAUUGUUUUUUCCAUUUCUAGAUUUUCUGUCCUUGAAGUUAGAUCUUUGGAAAGAUCAAUCAAGAAUGCUUUGCUACUGGUUGGCGUUUUAGUUUUUGCCACCUUCUCCAUCUUGACGAUGCUGAUUGUGUGGAAGGGUUCUCCAAACUUACAUUUGGACGAUUUAUCCGGAACAGAAACUGCAGUUUCGAUUGUUCUUACAGGUGCAAUUGCUUCGGUCAUUUAUUUCAUCUUUUUCUACCCCUUCUACAGAAGAAAGGUGCUGGAUCAGGAUUGGACCCUGAAAUUGAUUGAUAUUUUCAGAGGCCCAUCUUUCUACUUGAAGUCCACUGAUGAUAUCCCACCAAUGCCAGAAGGCCACCAACUGACAAUUGAUUACUAUGAAGGUAGAAGAGAUCUUGGAACAGCCGUUGAAGUUGAAGAUGAAGAAAACAAGUCUGCCAGUAACUGUAAUGACUCCGUUAAAAACAAAGAAGAUAUUCAGGAGGUGGACUUAGUGAGAACUGAGACUGAACCUGAAACAAAACUAACAACUAAACAAUACUGGUGGUCGUUAUUAAAGCAAGGACCCAAGAAAUGGCCUCGAUUAUUUUGGUUAGUCAUCUCCCAUGGCUGGACCCAGGAUGUUAUUCACGCUCAAGUUAAUGAUAAAGAUAUGUUAUCCGGUGAUCUAAAGGGCAUGUACAAAAGAUCUAAAUUUUACGAUAAUAGGGUCGAGUAUAUUUACUCUGUUCUUCAAGCUAUCACAGCAGCCACUAUGUCCUUUGCCCAUGGUGCUAAUGAUGUUGCCAACGCUACUGGUCCUUUAUCUGCGGUUUAUGAGAUUUGGAAAACCAAUACUACUGCGGCAAAAUCAGAAGUCCCCGUAUGGGUUUUAGCCUACGGUGGUGUCGCUUUAGUCAUUGGUUGUUGGACCUACGGUUAUAAUAUCAUCAAAAACUUGGGUAAUAAAAUGAUUCUGCAAUCACCUUCAAGAGGUUUUUCAAUCGAAUUAGCCGCUGCUAUCACAACCGUUAUGGCCACUCAAUUAGGUAUCCCUACUUCUACUACCCAGAUUGCCGUUGGUGGUAUUGUUGCUGUCGGUUUAUGUAAUAAAGAUUUCAAAUCGGUCAAUUGGAGAAUGGUUGCCUGGUGUUACUCUGGUUGGUUCUUGACUUUACCAAUUGCCGGUUUAAUUGCGGGUAUCAUUAAUGGAAUCAUCUUAAAUGCACCUCGUUUUGGUGGUGAAUAUCAAAUGACAUAA